AUGUCCUUGAAUGGGCUUGAUGGCGCUGCGGUUGCCGAAGCGCACCAGACUGCGCUGGCAGAACCUGGAGGAUGGUUCCUCCUCAAAUAUGCGAAUCGCGACACGGUGGAAGUGUUGAAGAAGGGGACAGGAGGAGUACAGGAGGUUCGAGGGGUGAUACAGCAGUAUGAGGAAAAGUCACCUUUGUACGGCCUGGUUCAGUAUCGGCGCAAAAAGGUGGUGCUCAAAUAUGUGCCUGGUGGAACUUCACGUCUCUUGCAAGUGCGGCUUACCGUCCAAUUUCAAUCUGUCCUGGAAGCCUUUACACCCCACGACACUGUUUUCUCCUUUACGAUUGCCUCUGAAUUGACCGAAUCGGCAUUGGGCCUGUGCACCAUGCUGUUGCCCUCGGCCGCGUCAUUGACCUCGUCCAGCUCUUCACUACGUCGGCGCCGACUGGACGGAAUCACAGAGGACGUGGAGGAAACAAACUCAUCCACAGCAGCACCUGAAGCGAGCUCGAAAGUCCCAGGCACUGCAGGUUCCCAAUCGGAAUCCACAACCACCCCAACCUUUGCAACCCUGAGGCACGAACCACCUGCGGCCGCACCUGCAACUGCACCUCCGCCUCCUCGUGAAGAACCAACCCCAGUCUAUGGAAGGCACGAACUCGAUGAACUGCCUGCAAGUGCCGUUCUUGCAAAGGCGCUCCUCGCCAAACGCAAGGAAGAGGCAGCUGCCGAGGCAGCGGCGGCAACCCAGAGCGACUCUCUCAACUUCAAAUUGAACGAUGAGACCCCAGGUCAUCUCCUACCACCACCACCACGCAUAGAGAGCCUUGCAAUACCAGUACGUGGCCCGUCCCUUUCUCUACUUCCUCCAACAACAAAACCAGACAAGGCACUCCCCAUAACACCUGAUUCGACUCCACCAACAACGAGCGAAGGGCCCCCCCAACCUUUGGACUACGAGGCCACAAAUACCCUUCUCCUGGAAUCAUCCGCUAUCGGCUCUUCAGAACCUCUAUCUACUCACCCUCCCCACGCUCGCCACCUCUCUGCAGCUGAGUCUGACAGUAUCAGCCAGUGGAGCAGCAAUGUGGCAUCAUAUGCAACAGUGAAACCACCCAAGAAAAAGAAAUUUGGUCCACGUCCUCAUGUUGAGUCCGGACACCGCCCAAAAACAUCAGGUACAUCAGAGACCAGUCUAAAUGUUCGACCGGUCGCCAAUUUGCCAAACUCAAUCCGUGUCAGCAAUCGCUCCGUGGCAAGUUUGUCUCUUCGACCAGGUUCACAGCAAUCCACCCGAAGCGUCCCUGGCCGCUUUCCGCAUUCCACCCAUCCCAUCAACAUUGCUCCUCCUCUGCCAUCCCCUUCACUCCUCGCACCACUCUACAAACAGACCGAGAGUCGACACACAAAAUCAAGAGCGGGCUCCGUCAACACAGAAGGCAAUACAGCCACCCCAGAGAAACUGCGAUUGAUGAAAGCACUGCAACUGAGGAAACGGAAUAUGCUCCUGGCGCAGAGAUCCUCUGCAGUGGCGUACUCCCCUACUUCCACCACACAUGCGGCCAAUGAUUCAGAAUCCACCACAGCAACCCAUACUUCCAACGCUAGUUUAUCUUCGGCUGUCAGCAAUGACCAGCUUUCCAACAUUGACGAGGAUCCUAAAUUGAUACAAUCGUCAAACACGACUUCGCCAACCUUCAUGACACAUGUUUCAGAAGAGCCAUCAACCAAAGCAUCCUCGUUUACCGAGCCCGAUGACCUCUCCAGAAAGCGCCGUUCAUUGUCCUCCGCGACAAGCUCCUCGAUUACCCCAAGAGCUGUCGUGCAGGAUACUGUGAAGUUGUCAGAAGUGGUCGGAGAGGGUGAUGGCCGUGGCAGGCCUCUGAGCAGGCCAAAUAAGCCGCUGGAGCUUGGGCCUCCUUUGGAAGACGUAGCUGCCGUGCAGCAUCGACCCGUGGAUAAGCAUGAAUCAGAAAGCGAGGCAGAAGCCAAAGUUGUGCCGUCAACAAAGGAGGCUUCCGUGUGCAAUCUUGAAUCGAAGCCAGCCACUCGCACUGAGACCUCUCCAAGACCUGCUCCUACAUCGAUCUCUCCCAAUAAAAUACGCCGAGGGGUUCCACCGCAACCUUUAAAGAUCACACCCAACAUUGACAGUUCUGCAUCGGAUAUGUCAGAUAAUGAUUCUUUCAUGGAUGAACUACAAAAUGCCACUGUUCAUGAAGCCAUGCCAGUAUCCGUUGCACGCUCCCCAGUUACCCCAAUAAUGUCGAAAGGAAGUUCCGACCGAUUAAGAGAGAUUGUGACCAAGACUGCCAAUUCCAGCUAUCAAGCAAGAAGGAGCGCGUCAACAACGCCAGACAGGGCCAGGUCUAACAGCAUACGUAGUGUCUCGACGGCAUUACCUCAAUGGCCACCAGUUCAGUCGGAGGCAGUCCCUCUUCCUUUGACGAAAAAACCGACUUUGGGGACCGGUAUCUCGAAGCGAAUCAAGGCUCUAGAGGUCUUGACGGCAAAGGAGGCCGCCGCUCAGCCGGCUAAUCCUGUGCGCGAAACGAAUCAACCGCGCUCUGCCUUUUCCACCUUUAUGAAACGUUCAUCGUUCUUGUCAAACCACCCGGGACCCAAUACCUCGAUUGAAAACUCUCCUCCCAAGAAGCUGCCUGAACCCUCCAUCUAUGAUUCAGGGUUCGCUGCGUCAACCAAAGAUCUCAGACAACCUCUGGUCGAGGCCAAUGGUUCGUUGACCAAGGGUGAAAGCAUCUCGGUGACUGCCAGGAUUGUUCGCGACCCGAACAACAAACAUCCUCCAAUGUCACCGAGUUCUAGCUAUGCAACACCUUUGCAGCUAUUCCGAAGUCCUUUGAUUGUCGAACACGAAAGACAUGAUGAUGGCGCAGGUCAGGAGCAGACAUUUGCUUCCAUCCAAGCAAUGGCUAAGAGCCCGACAAAGUCCGACAAGGGCCGGUUCUCAUUCUCGUCUCACCGUUCGGCAUCUCAAGUGAACCUGCCACGCUCCGAGUCCAGUAAAACCAAGGGUUCUCACAGCAACAACUACAAAAAACAUAGCACCCGAUCGGUGAGCGAUGCUGGGUCGUUUACAGAGGAGAAGAAAUCCUCGAGGACGAGCCGGUUGAUGAAAAGAGUUUCUAAUUUGACAUCCUCUCGGAAGCAAAGCCAGUCUCAGGUCAAGGACCAACCUCAUCCGGAUACGAUUCAGGAACUGAAGGAGUCUACCCGACAGAGCUCUAUCGCGGAGUCUCUCUUACACGUUGUAGAUAUCGGAGAUGUCAACGUACAAUUUCCUGAUUCACUUUUGUGGAAGCGACGAUUUAUGCGAGUGGAUGAUCAAGGAUAUCUGAUAUUCUCGCCACCAAUGACAGAUGCUCACAUGAAGAGCAUCAGCCGGAAAUACCAUUUGAGUGAUUUCAAAAAGCCGACACUACCGGAUCUGGAAAGAGAAGAGAUGGCAUGGAGCAUUUUACUUGAUCUGAAGGAUGGAAGGUGCAUACAAUGCGCUUGUGAGAGCCGACAUGGUCGACAGCAGGUUUUACAAAUGCUUGUUGAUGCAUACAACGCCUAUCUCCAGCUGUAUGGUAGCUGA